GCAAUGGAUUUACUGAAAGAACUGAAAACCAUGCCUAUGACUUUGGACUUACUGCAGUCCACCCGCAUUGGGAUGUCAGUGAACGCGCUGAGGAAGCAGAGCACAGAUGAAGAAGUGAUAUCACUUGCCAAAUCCCUCAUCAAAUCUUGGAAGAAGCUUCUAGAUGCUUCUGAGGAGAAAAGUGAGGAGAAAAAGAAAAGCCUGUCCUUGCCAACAUCUUCCUCCAAGGAGGCUGGUAACUCGAGAGACCAAAGUUCCAACAAAAGGCAGGAGCCUCCGAAGACUCCAACCACCCCCAAAAUCACCACGUUCCCGCCGGCGCCCGUCACCUGCGAUGCUGUUCGCAACAAGUGCAGGGAGAUGCUGACAGCAGCUCUGCAGGCUGAUGAUGACUACGUUGCCAUUGGUGCUGACUGUGAGCACAUAGCAGCCCAGAUUGAAGAAUGCAUAUACCAGGAUGUCAAGAACACCGACAUGAAAUACAAAAACCGGGUGAGGAGCCGCAUCUCCAACCUGAAGGACUCCAAAAACCCUGAGCUGAAGAAGAACGUGCUCUGUGGGGCCAUCACCCCUGAGCAGAUCGCUGUGAUGACCUCAGAGGAAAUGGCCAGUAAUGAGCUGAAAGAGAUCAGGAAAGCCAUGACAAAAGAAGCAAUCCGGGAGCAUCAGAUGGCCAAGACAGGAGGGACACAGACUGACCUCUUCACCUGUGGGAAAUGCAAGAAGAAGAACUGCACCUACACCCAGGUGCAGACCCGCAGCUCCGAUGAGCCCAUGACCACCUUCGUCGUUUGCAACGAGUGUGGGAACCGCUGGAAGGUAGCACACCAAGGAUAUUACUGGCACUGA